UUUACAACAAUUACUAACACACACUACACACAUUCAGCACAUGCUAGUUAGUGAACUGGAAUCUCCAAUCACAGCUCUCUCUCUCUCUCUCUCUCUCUCUCUCUCUCUCUCUCUCUCUCUCUCUCUCUCCCUUUUUUUUUGAAGAGUUUUUAUGAGUGAUCUGUAGGACUUUGCGUAUCCAAUGUCGAGGAGAUACAGUACAUGCACUCUUGAGGAUCAGUUUCUUUUUGGAUCUAGGCUGUUGUGAGUGGUGUGGAGUGAUAGAAACAAACACCAGACCUGCUAAAGCUUUGUACUCAAUUUCUAACAGAAGAAAAGCGUGGAAGCAGAAAUGUAUGAGAAGGUAAAAAAGAGGGGGAGAUACCACAUCCAGCGAGAAGUCAUGGAUGAAUCCAAAGUUGAUGAACUUGGAGAAAAAUCCGAUGUCCAAACAUCACUGAUGAGCAAAAUAAAGGAGUCGAUGAGGUGUUCUGGUCCUCGUGUGAAGAGCUGCUUUCUGUCGAGUAUUCCCCUGCUGUCAUGGCUGCCACGUUACCCACUAAGGGAAAAUGCUGUCGGAGACCUUGUCUCAGGAAUCAGUGUGGGCAUCAUGCACCUGCCACAAGGAAUGGCAAAUGCACUGCUAGCUGCUGUCCCACUUGUGUUUGGCCUCUACUCAUCUUUCUACUCGAACCUUCUCUACUUCAUCUUUGGGACCUCUCAGCAUAUCUCAGUGGGUACGUACAUAAUGAUGAGUGUGAUGAUUGGUGGUGUGACAGAGCGCAUGGCUCCUGAUACCGAUUUCAUGAUCUUUAACAACAUUUCCAAGGACAGCAUUAUAGACACUGUGGUCCGUGACAAUGAGAGGGUCAAGAUUGCUGCAGCUGUCACAUUUUUAUCUGGCAUCUUUCAGUUGCUCCUAGGCUUGUUGCAGUUUGGAUUUGUGGUCACAUAUCUUUCUGAGCCUUUGGUUCGAGGCUACACUACAGCAGCAGCCAUUCACGUUAUUGUGUCACAGUUUAAAUACACACUUGGGAUCAGCCCAAAGCGCUACAGUGGACCUCUCUCUCUUAUAUAUACGGUGAUAGAAGUGUGUUCUUUGUUGGGCAAGACAAACAUUGGGACACUAGUUGUGAGCAUCGUAACUAUUGUUGGUCUGAUCAUUGCAAAGGAAAUAAAUACCUAUCUGGCACGUAAACUUCCUGUUCCUAUUCCUGUUGAGCUUCUUGCUAUCAUUAUAGCUACUGUACUGUCAUGGCAAUUCGAUUUCAAGACUCAGUACAAUGUGGAAGUUGUAGGUUCAAUACCAUCGGGUUUGCAGACUCCAGUCUUGCCUGCAUUCUCUAUGAUGGGAUCUAUGAUCGGUGAUGCGUUUGCUCUGGCUGUUGUGGGUUACGGUAUUGCCAUCUCCCUUGGCCGUAUCUUUGCUCUUAAAUAUGGCUACAAAGUCGACAGCAAUCAGGAGCUGAUAGCAUUAGGGCUGAGCAACUCAAUCGGAGCCAUGUUCCAGUGCUUCGCCAUCAGCUGCUCCAUGUCUCGCUCUAUGUUGCAUAUUAGUGCAGGGGGAAAGACUCAGGUUGCAGGUGCUCUCUCAGCUGUAGUGAUUCUUGUGAUCUUGCUAAAGAUAGGAGAACUCUUUGAGGAGCUGCCGAAGGCUGUAUUGGCUGCUCUUAUCUAUGUGAACCUGCAAGGCAUGUUGAAGCAGUUUACAGACAUUUGGACCCUCUGGAGGAGCAACAGAGUGGAUAUGCUUGUCUGGGUGAUGACACUAAUUCUCACAAUCCUGUUAAAUCCUGAUCUGGGUUUGGCAGCAUCCAUCGCCUUCUCCAUGCUCACCGUCAUAUUCAGAACUCAGCUACCGAGGUAUUCUGUCCUUGGUCAGUUACCUGGCACGGACAUCUACAAACCUAUAGAGGACUAUAACCAGGUUAAACAGAUUUCAGGUCUUGUGAUUUUUCGUUGCUCUGCUACACUGUAUUUUGCGAAUGCAGAGAUGUAUAUAGAGCACCUAUAUGAGAAGAGUGGGGUAGAUGUGCCCAAACUCCUCGCACACAAGAAGAAGCUUGAGGCAAAGAGACUCAGGAAAGAGAAGAAAGAGGCAAAGCGAGCAAUAAAACAAGCUAAGGUGGAGGGGGAAGAAACGUCUGACAGGGAGAGAAAAUAUGAAGUUUCAGUGAUAGUGUGUCCAGAGCUUGACCAAGGUCAUGACCCCACUAUACCCAAGGCCAUCAUCCUCGAUUUGAGUCCAGUGAACUUCCUGGAUACAGUGGGAGUGAAAACUUUACGCAAUAUCCAUAAGGACUUUGGGGAGGCUGGAAUUAAAGUGUAUCUAUCAGGCUGUCAAAGUUGUGUUACUGACAGUUUGGGAAGGGGAGAUUUCUUCAAUGACAAAGUGACCAAAGCGAUUCUCUUUUCCACUGUCCAUGAUGCUGUUCUUCACUACCAAGGAGAAAACACACAGGAGCCUAAAAAGGCCACACAUUUCUGAACCCGAAUCGAUCCACAAAACAUCCUGAGUAUUUGACCAAAUAAAUAGUUUAAAAUAUUAUUUAUUACGUUCCUGGUCAUUCAGUUCCACUAUACAAUACAAUUGAAAUACAAUUUAUCCCAAAGGUCUUCAGUAGGGUUGAAGUCAGAGCUCUAUAGCAGGCCACUUAAGAUCUUCCACUCCAAUACAUGUAAAUCAUAUCUUCAUGGAGCUCACUCUGUGCACAGGGGAUUUGUCAAGUUAAAACAGGUUUGGGUCUAAUAGUUUAAGUGAAGGGAAAUUUUAAUUCUACAACAGCCAAAGAAAUCCUAUAUACAACUGUGUGCCUCCAAUGUUCAAGAUCAGGAUUUUCAAUUCUUUUGUCCAUAUAGUGUAUUAACUUCUCUAUUAUGAUAGAUCUGAUGCAAUAAAUAAAUGUAAAACAAAUGUUUUAUUGAUUUUAAUGUUAAUUAACAUAGAAUAUAUCAACACACUGACAGAGGUUUGUUUGAUGACUACACAUGUAAUAGAAAUAUGCUGUUUUCAUGCUGUUUUGCUUGGAUAUCUGUGUAUCUUUUAAAUCAUAUUAAUAAAGCAUUAAUAUAAUUUUGAA